GGGCGCGCGGGGCUGCGGCGGCGGCGGCGGCGGCAGCGGCUCGGGAUCCGGCUCCUCCUCCCACCACCUGGCGCGUGGGGACGGGUCCGCAGCCCCUUGUCCGCCCUACAACCCCCAUGGGCUGCCGCCAGCCGCCGCCUCGGCUGCCACCCAGGACACAGCAGGGAUAAGCGCAGUCUCUUUCUCUUUGUCUGUUUUUCCCUAUUCUCUGCCUCUUGUCCCUUCACACUGAUCUCUGUCCCCUUGUUUGUCCAACCCAUUGCUGUCUUCUUGCCUGAACACCAAAUUUCAGCCCUCCUGUCCAUCUGCCCCUAAUUUCUUCUUGUCCAUCCCUCCCUAAUCUACAUCCCCUUGUCCAUCUACUCCCAAUCUCUGUCCCCUUGCCUAUCCUUCCUUUUCUUUCUCUUUUUAUCUCUUAUCCACCCCUCUCUCAAUCCCAUUCCCCAUCUGUACCCUUGCCUGACCCGUUCCAAGCACAGAACCCACCGGCUACCAUGUCAGGAGACUACGAGGAUGACCUCUGCCGGCGGGCACUCAUCCUGGUCUCAGACCUCUGUGCGCGGGUCCGAGAUGCCGACACCAGUGACAGGUGCCAGGAGUUCAACGACCUGCGAAUUCGAGGCUAUCCCCGGGGCCCAGAUGCAGACAUCUCCGUGAGCCUGCUGUCGGUCAUCGUGACAUUCUGUGGCAUUGUCCUUCUGGGCGUCUCCCUCUUCGUGUCCUGGAAAUUGUGCUGGGUGCCCUGGCGGGACAAGGGAGGCUCAGCAGUGGGCGGGGGCCCCCUGCGUAAAGACCUAGGCCCUGGGGUUGGGCUGGCAGGCCUGGUAGGUGGCAGUGGGCACCACCUGGGGGCUGGCCUGGGUGGCCAUCCUCUGCUGGGGGGUCCGCACCACCAUGCCCACACCGCCCACCAUCCGCCGUUCGCUGAGCUUCUGGAGCCAGGCAGCCUGGGGGGCUCUGACCCCCCUGAGCCCUCCUACUUGGACAUGGACUCGUAUCCAGAGGCUGCGGCAGCUGCAGUGGCCGCUGGGGUCAAACCAAGCCAGACAUCUCCUGAACUGCCCUCUGAGGGAGGCGCAGGCUCUGGGCUGCUCCUGCUGCCCCCAAGUGGUGGGGGCUUGCCCAGUGCCCAGUCGCAUCAGCAGGUCACAAGCCUGGCACCCACCACCAGGUAUCCCGCCCUGCCCCGGCCCCUCACCCAGCAGACCCUGACCCCCCAGCCGGACCCUGGCAGUGAGGAGCGGCCGCCUGCCCUCCCCUUACCCUUGCCGGGCGGUGAGGAAAAAGCCAAACUCAUCGGGCAGAUCAAGCCGGAGCUGUACCAGGGGACAGGACCAGGCGGCCGGCGCGGCGGAGGGGCCCCCGGCUCGGGGGAGGCGGGCGUGGGGGCGCCAUGCGGCCGCAUCAGUUUCGCCCUGAGGUACCUCUAUGGCUCAGACCAGCUGGUGGUGCGGAUCCUGCAGGCCUUGGACCUCCCGGCCAAGGACUCCAACGGCUUCUCAGACCCCUACGUCAAGAUCUACCUGCUGCCAGACCGCAAGAAAAAGUUCCAGACUAAGGUGCACAGGAAGACUCUGAACCCCGUGUUCAACGAGACAUUCCAGUUCUCAGUGCCCCUGGCUGAGCUGGCCCAGCGCAAACUGCACUUCAGCGUCUAUGACUUUGACCGCUUCUCGCGGCACGACCUCAUCGGCCAAGUGGUGCUGGACAACCUCCUGGAACUGGCUGAACAGCCCCCGGACCGCCCACUGUGGAGGGACAUCGUGGAGGGCGGCUCGGAAAAGGCAGAUCUUGGGGAGCUCAACUUCUCACUCUGCUACCUCCCCACGGCCGGUCGCCUCACCGUGACAAUCAUCAAAGCCUCUAACCUCAAAGCGAUGGACCUCACCGGCUUCUCCGACCCCUACGUGAAGGCCUCUCUGAUCAGCGAGGGGCGGCGUCUGAAGAAGCGGAAAACCUCCAUCAAGAAGAAUACGCUGAACCCCACAUACAACGAGGCGCUUGUGUUCGACGUGGCCCCGGAGAGCGUGGAGAGCGUGGGGCUCAGCAUCGCGGUGGUGGACUACGACUGCAUCGGGCACAACGAGGUGAUCGGCGUGUGCCGCGUAGGCCCGGACGCCGCUGACCCCCACGGCCGCGAGCACUGGGCAGAGAUGCUGGCCAACCCCCGAAAGCCCGUGGAGCACUGGCAUCAGCUGGUGGAGGAAAAGACUUUGUCCAGCUUCACGAAAGGCAGCAAAGGAUUGUCAGAGAAAGAGAACUCAGAGUGAAGGGUCUGGCCAAGGCCCAGGAUCGGACCAGGCCCCCUCAGGACCCCAUCCCUUCCUGCCCGGACCGUGAAUUCAUCUCCUUGAAGCCAUAACGUCCGAGCUGCGUGGUGCGGGGCAGUCCUGGGCCUGCCCGUCCUUCUACCCCGCUAGGUGUGAGGGUGGGAGGCAGGAGGGCCCAGCUCCCUGUUUCAGGGUGGGGGGCAUUCAGUCUCCACUCUGUCUUUUCUUCCCCAGGGCUCCCCUUCCAGGCAAGGGGCCAUGCAUGUCUGGGGGACCCCAGCCCCCCAAACCCUUUGUCUUUCUGUCUCUUUGCUGUUUGUCCAAGACGGUGUCCUGACCUUUGUUCUCUCCGUGAAUGUCAACAGACCAAUCCUCCGUAUUCCCCCAGACACACACACGCACACCUGUGUCUACUUUUUCUGUUCAACACUCCCUGCGUCUGGCCGAUUCCCCCACUGCUGCUGCUACCAACACCAGAAUAAACAUACA